UGCAAACACACAAAGACUUUACACAGAGCAGUGAUGGGAUAGGAAACGUCACAUGAAGCAAUGCAGCGAGGACUCUGAAGAGGACUGUGAGCAAGCUUUAAAGCCUUUUUUUUUGUUGCAGCUUUGCAGUGGGAGAAGCAGACCGAAGAGCCAGUCAUGCCUGUGGCAGCAGUAAUGCACGGGAUCAACACGUGUAUAUUAUCAACUGCAUAGUCCUAAACAUGAGGAGCUCUGUCUUCAAAUCACGUGUGGUCAGGAUGAACUGCAACUCGGAAACACAUAAAGUAAUCCAGAGGACAACAGAACUGAACACUGAACCACGGAGGAUGGAUUGGACCAUCUAUCAAAUGUAUAAAGUAUAAAGAGUAUAGUAACAAGGAUUAAAGCUAAAAAACUGGGAAGAUCAACAAGAGUAUUCAAUGGGCAUGAAGAACCCCGCAUAGCAGAAGGGAGUUUCAAAGUGAGCAGGGCCUUCCUGCAGCAGAGAUGAGUGUUCCUCAGCCCCCUGAGGGUCUCCCUGUCAGGGGGGAGAAUGAAUCCAGCAUGAAGCUCUCUCUGCACAGUGCAGGAGACCACAAUGGCAAUGCUUUCCCGGUGUCCUCCUCCUCCUCCUCCUCUUCUUCUUCUACCUGUCUGGGGGAGUCGUCCCCUGAGUCUCUGCGGAAUGAGAGCAUCUUCAGUGGGGGCCGGACUUACAGCCCACUAGACCAUGACAUGUUUGAAGUCAACCUAAUGACCAAAACAGACAAAAUGACAGACAGUGUCAUUUCAAAAUGGGUUCCAGAGGAGGAGAGCAAACUAGAUGAGGUCCCUGUGGGGAAGAUGCACACGGGACCAGAGCUGUCAGAAUCCAACGACAACUCUGUGUCCGUGUACCUGGAUGCACACAGCCGGGAGUACCAAGGCUCCUGUAACGACAACCUGACGCUGGCCUUGUCCCUGACCACAGACGGGAGGGCAGACCUCAGCAAUGGAAGCAGGAACGGGGGGAGGCGUGGCUCCUCAACUCCAGAUUCAGAUGCAACAGAAAUCCCUGCUGAUGAUAGCUAUGAUGAUGAUGAUGAUGAGGAGGAGGAUUCAUUGUUCCUGUCUGUGAGCUCUGACUGUGGUGUGAAGAGAAUCAGCAUGAGCCCCCCCAGUGUAAUCAGUCAGAUGAACCCAUGGGGUGCUGAGCUCCACACAGAGGGGGCAGGAACUGGGUUUGUUCUGCAUGUGGAACACCAGAGAGAACCUUCUGAGGAUCUUAUUGAAACCAAGCAGACAUUAUCUGUUCCUCCCUCUUCUACCAAACCGGGUCAAGGUGUAAAGGAAGUCAAGUCUCCUCCUCCUGAUAGAUGUGCGGUGGGCCGUAGACCCACCCGACCUCACACCAGUCAGCCGGCCAGGCCAGCAAAAACCAAACUAAGCCCUGCUCCUCGAACACCAGCGACCACAGCCAUCAAACCGUCUGCUACGAUGGAACACAGAGUCUCCAAACUGGACCAACAUGUAGUGAAAGAGGCUAAAGUUGGAUCAUGGUCCAGCCUAUCUCCACCAGACAAGCAGAACAAAUCUGCUCCAACCAAUCGAAAGAGAGCUAUUCCUCAGAAGGAGGAGGCACAGACUGGGGAUGGGGGUAAAAAGCAAAGGUCAUCUGCAGGUCUGGUCAAAGUGGCCAUGGUGCUGAAAUCCAUUCAAGGAAAGAGCAGUAACCUCAAAACCAACCGCAAGACAGCAGCCCACCCCGCUCCGCCGGAGAGGAAGAGGGGGGGCGUCAGUCGAACACUAUCUGCCUCAUCCUGCUCUCUGGGGUCAGAGGUGGCUGAGGAAGGGGCCGUGGAAACUCUCAGAAAGGUGGUCCAGGAAUUGCCCCAUGAAUCAAGCAGAGGUGUGGAGGCUGGAGCUGCAGAGACUGAGAGGACGGCUGUAAGGACAGAACUAAGGACUCCCAGCAGGAAAGUCUCCUCCAAGCUGGGGCCCAGUGCCAGGCAGCAGGGGAGGGGCACCAGAGCAGAGAAGCCUUCAGCCCCAGGCUCAGGGACCGGACCUCCAGGACAGGGGAGCCCUGGGCCCAGGCAAGCCCAGAGAGAUGACUCCGUGCUGGGAGAGGUUUGGCAGAGCGCUGGGGGAGGAUCUCCAGCGAGGCACAGCCAGAGUCAGAGCCAGGGUAUCCCCAAACCUCGCACCACUGCAGAGAAAACAUCUGUUUGUGCUGUCACAAGUCCCUCAUCCUCCAACUCCAAACCUACAGCCAAUCAGCUGACGGCAUCGGCCAGAAGACCCAUUCCUCCUGCCUCCUCAAAACUUCCUGUGAAAGGUUUACCCACAAGCCUCAGUUCCUCCUUACUGGGAAGCUACGAGAUCAGUGGAGCCACAAGCAAAUAUUACCCAGAGCCGAAACAACAACCAGCGCAAAGUGGUAUCAAUAAUGGCAGGCCCAAUGCAAAGAUCACGUGGACCGCCAAGGCACAUGGGAAAUGUAGUCCACCUCAAUCGUCUCCGGCAUCUCCAGCACCAACAGUGACCAGGCCAGAGGAGCAGCCCAGCAGAAGCACACUUUCUGUGGGCAUCCAGAGCCCGGCAAAGCCCCUCACCCCCAGCCCUGCAGCCCCCACCAGCACCAGUACCCCUACUGAUGCUGUGACCUCUGCUGCUCCAAAACCUCCUGCACUGAGGAGCAGAGCUCAGUCAGUGCAGGCCAGGACCACUGCUACAGGUUUGAAGGCCCCAACAGUCAUCAACCACACAGCCAAGGCAGCGGCCACCAAUCAAACAACAGCAAAGGCAGUUCCUGCAGCCAAUCAGAGCCUGACAAAGCAGACAUCCCAGAAUCCCCUGCAGAGAAGCGGGUCAGCAAGACUCAGUCGACUGAACAGCACUGUGGACAAAAACAAGCCGCGGGAUGCGACGAGUCGACCCACAAACAGCCCCAUCAGCAGCUCCCCAUCAGCAGCUCCAUCAGCAGCUCCAUCAGCAGCUCCAUCAGCAGGGAACAGCCAGAGGAAACAGCAACCUCCAGCCGACCCGGUACCAGAGGUGGUAGGGGCAGCAGUCAUCCCAGGGUCGGCCCCUGAGAGCCCCUGCACUGGAGCCUCUGGUCUCGGGUUGAAACCAAAAACUGCGCUGAGGUCCAGAACAGGAUCCCGCCUACAGAAUGCAUCCCGGCCGGGUGCAGGGGGGGCUGGGGGCGCAGAGCGGACAGUUGCUGCUAAACAGAACCAGAGCAAAGAGCAGGCAGAGAAGAAGAACCAGGCCCUCAGCCAACUGCGGAGGCUGCUGCUGCAGGGGAACCGGAGAGUGGAGGCUCUGGCUACAGUCAUCCAGCAUCUCUUCACUGAGCGCGAGGAGGCCUUGAAGCAGAAGAAGAGCUUGUCCCUGGAAUUGGUAACCCUCCGAGAUGAGCUGGUGGCGUCGUCGCAGUGCUGUGAGCGGCUGCAGCAGGGGAAGGAGGAGCUGCGCCUCCGCUUGGAGGAGGCUCUGCAGUGCCUGCAGGAGCAGCACCAGGAGGAGCUGGUGCAGCUGGAGGACAGACUGAGGAGCUUCUACCAGACUGAGUGGGACAAAGUGCACCAGACGUACCAGGAGGAAGCAGACAAAUGCCGCAUGCUGAUGGAACAGCAGGUGGAGGAGCUGAGGAGCCAACAUGAAGCAGAGAGGAGGGGCAAGGCAGAGAGUCACAGCCAGAAGAUGGAGUGUCUCAAACAGCAGCAUGAGACGUCCACACAAGAGCUGAAGAGGAUCCAGCAGACAGAACUGGAGAACCUGAACCAAUCCCUGAAGGACACAGAAACCUCUCUCUCUGAGAAGAUCUCUGAGCUGUCUGCAGAGAAGGAGUCUCUGAGUGAGAAGCUGAGAGCAGAGGAGGAGCGCAGGAAGCAGAUCCUCACAGACAAGAACCUGAAGAACUCACACACAGUGUACCUGGAGCAGGAGCUGGAGAGCAUUAAGGUGGUGCUGGAGCUCAAGAACAACCAGCUGCACCAGAAAGAGAAGAAGCUCAUGGACAUGGACAAACUGUUGGAGACGAAUGUAAAACUGCAGGAGUGUCUGAAUAAGGUCCAACAGGAGAAUGAGGACUACAGGGCCAGGAUGGACAAACACGCUGCUCUCUCAAGGCAGCUCUCCAGCGAGCAGGCCAAACUCCAUCAGACGCUGCAGAAGGAGUCCAAGGUCAACAAGCGUCUGUCCAUGGAGAACGAGGAGCUGCUGUGGAAGCUGCACAACGGAGACCUGCUGGCCAGCCCCCGCCGCCUCUCCCCCACCUCCCCCACCUCCCCCUUCGGCUCACCUCGGAACUCUGCCUCCUUCCCGACAGCGGCACCCUUAUCGCCCAGAUAACCCUGACAACAAGCCUCCCUCUCCUCCCACCUCCUGCUCUACCAGCCUGGAAAAGACGGAGCUGUUCCAAAUAGAGAGAAAGACUUCACAGCUCUGUUGUGGAAAGAUAAACUUGGACAUUAGGAACAAAUUGCAUAAAAGACGCUUAUGUUGAAAGCGUAGAGACAUUGUAGUGGCACCGAUGCACUUAUGUCUGACAUUGGAAUGGCCAUGCUCUCUACCAAAUGCCUAGUUCAACAAGCCUUUCUUCUUUUUCUGAAGAAAACUGAAUUAUCCGGCACACCUCAGGGUCUGUACAUAGCGCUUCACUCUUGUUAUGACUAUCCUUCCAUGUUUUUACUGAUAUGUGGUACAGUUUAGGUUCCUUUUAUCCUGCUCUUUUCUACCGCCGCUCUUUCUAAAAUGGUGGAUGAGAAGAAACCUUGGAAGUUUGUGGGAACAGACUCAGACAGGUUUGGGUGUUUCAUGGUGGAUUAGCAUGGAUUAUUAUUAUUUUUUUUUUUUCUAACCCUUCUUUUAAAGAGGACAUUUUUCCCAAAGAGCAAAACUCAAUCACUCUUAUGCUUUGGACCUCUGGAAGAAGUGAAGAGAUAGAUUUAUCUUCUGCUCAUCUGAGGAACUGACCUGAUCUGCUGACAUGAACCUUUAGAUCUGUUCCUCUGUGCAAGCUCCUCACAACCUCUACCUGAAACUACUUUGUGGAAUGUAAUCACCCUUGGAUGUUAGGUCUGAGCUGUCAGUUCAGAGACAAACACAUCAUCUCAGAGCCAAAUAUGCAGAGUGUGUUUGCCCCUUUACUCUCCGCUUUAAAUCGCUCAUUUACCAACAGAAACAAGGCAAAGCUCAGCUAGUGGCUGACCAAUAUCUGUCUGUACUUUGGAUCACAUGUAAAACCACAAGUCAUCAUUUCCACAGAAAGAAUCUCCCACGCUCUCAAAGACUGAGCGAUUACUGGCUCAUUUUAUUGAAUCCAAAAUAAUGUGUCUGGUGUUUGUCCUGCAAAAACUCAGAUGUACCUGAAAUGCCUCAGUUCACCAUGUAGUUUUAUUUUGGACAUGAAAUAAAUACAAAAGGAUAUGAGAUGAAA